UUUUACCAUCAAUUAGCCAACGUCAUCAAGCUUUUGGAAUGAAGCAGUAAAGCCGUACCUUAUGGCAGGAUCAUCGAUAAUAGCAUCCGAGCAAUAUCUUCUAGUCCUUCUAGACAUACCUGGAUGAAUUUCCUUGCGUCGUUCAUAUCAUGAUCGAAUAGUCUGAUCCAGUUCUGAGAUCACCGAGCUAAGUACCUAGAACUAGUGCUAGGUGGCUAAUUCAACAAGUAUCAAUGCCAAUAUUACUAGGUCAAUAUCUUUGGCAGAGUAUAGGAAAGCAACAGAUUAUUCAAAGGUUGUGAAAGCCAGAAACAUCAAAGUCGAGUGAUUUAUGUGAACCGAAACUCUUUCUAUCUGUUGUUUUCAUCGUGUCACUUCUUGGAUGGCCAGACCAAGUCCACCAGGAUUUAGGGAAUACGACUACUAUAGGCGCGCAAGCAUUAUCGUCGCGGGUUACAGUGGGAACUUGGAGUCAUUAUUCCUAUUGGUUUCCUCAUACCUCAUGCCGAGAGCGGAACGCCAAGGUCAACAUACCUCCAUCGGCUUUAAUAUACCGAAACUACCCAAUCCAUGACCCCACGCGGUAUAUCGUGGGGCUACCCGAUUUCUUAUGUAUAUUCUAGAUGCCACCAACCCCAUUCGUCUAACUACACAUAUUGGACCUAGAGGAAGAAUUAGAGGUUAUUAAACAAGAGACGGGAUAUACUACCUAGAACAUAGAUCAUUAUGUCGUUUCCUAAGGUCCCUCCGAGUGGCGUCUGGGCUCCGGCCGUCACCUUUUUUAACCCUGAGACUGACAGCUUAGACGUCGAGUCUCAGGCAACAUACUACUCCUAUCUCUCAAAGUCCGGCCUUGCUGGGCUUGUCAUCUUAGGAACCAAUGCCGAAACAUUUCUUCUAACUCGCGAAGAGCGGAAGACACUACUCGAAACUGCCCGUAAAGCAGUUGGGCCGGAAUUCCCAAUCAUGGCAGGUACCGGCGGUCAUUCUACACGCCAGGUCCUGGAGUUCAUCACCGAUGCUGCUGAGGCCGGCGCUAAUUACGUUUUGGUUCUGCCCCCAGGUUAUUUCGGUAAAGCCACAACUCCAGCCGUCAUCGACAAAUUUUACGCCGACAUUGCUACCAAGAGCCCCCUUCCUGUGGUACUGUACAACUUCCCGGGCGUUUGCAACGGUGUCGAUUUAGACUCUGCGACUAUUUCGAAACUUGCAAACACAUACAGCAACAUCGUAGGUGUCAAACUGACCUGUGGUUCUGUGGCCAAGAUCACGCGCCUUGCUGCAGAAUUGCCAUCGGAGCGUUUCGCAACCUUCGGAGGACAGUCCGACUUCUUAAUCGGCGGUCUCAGCGUCGGCUCGGCGGGAUGUAUCGCCGCAUUCGGGAAUGUCUUCCCCAAGACCAUCUCACACAUUUACAAGCUAUAUAAAGAAGGGAAAUACCAAGAGGCCUUAACACUGCAUCAAAAGGCUGCCUUGGCGGAGCAACCGUGCAAGGCCGGUAUUGCUGCAACGAAAUACGCGGCAGCAAUCCACACAGCAAAGGCGGCGGGUAUCGAGGGUGCGGUUGAGAAGUUGAAACCGAGGCGACCAUACAUAGAGCCGACAGACGCGGCCAAGCAGAAUAUUGCAGCUCAGAUGGCCGAGCUGGCGGAAAUUGAGAGUAGAUUAUAAUCAGAAUACGUGUACUACUCAUUGUCUUCCAAUAGAACUCACAGAUACUCGGCGCGUACCCAACACCCAGACACAGUAAAAUGCAGGAAAUAAGAUACUUGGAAGGAUGCAAAAAGUGUUUAGGUACCUAUGCAAAUGCCUUUAAUUAACCAUGGAUAAU